GGAAUGGAGAAAACCUAACACUAAAAAAUACAGAGAGAGCUCCUACGAAACCACCACCCAUCAUCGCCGACCGCCGACGCCGGAAACUUGGUCGUUCAAAUAUAUUAAGAAACAGAGUCGAAACGACUUAGCUGUGGUCUUUCUGCUUGGGACUGCUCCGUUAGCUCUGCUUCCUUGUGCAACUCAGGAGAAGAGAGAGUUUAAAUUGGUUAUGUACUAAUGGCUGCAACUAAGACACGGACUAGUAGCUUUACUCGCAAUGUGGCUGUAUCGUCUACUCAAAACCCUGGAAUCAAGUGUGGUCCUAAUGGAACAUUUUUUGUUUCUUCCGGGAUAUCUGAUCUUGACAAGAUACUUGGUGGCGGGCUUCCUCUUGGGAGCUUAGUUGUUGUAAUGGAGGAUGCUGAAGCACCUCAUCACAUGCUUCUUUUGAGGAAUUUUAUGUCUCAAGGACUUGUUCAGAAUCAACCUCUUCUUUAUUCUAGUCCAUCGAAAGACCCAAGAGGAUUUUUGGGUACAUUGCCUGGCCUUUCCUCGUCAAAAGAUGAUAAAAUGCAUAAACAUAAUCCAGAAGAGGAAAAGGGUUUGAGAAUUGCUUGGCAGUAUAAGAAGUAUUUUGGUGAAAAUCAGCAGAGUUUUGACGGUCGCAGCGAUAGUAAGCAAGAGUUCUGCAAUGACUUUGAUUUGCGGAAGCCAUUAGAGAGGCAUUUUUUCAGCACGCAACGAGUGGACUGUGUUAGUGUCAAAGAUUCUCCUAACCUUGCUGCUCUUCACGACCGUUGUUCCAAAUUUUUAGCUCAAUUUCCUCGAAACGAUGGCAGCAUGUCUUCCAUUGGCCGUAUUGCUAUUCAGUCAUUUUGUGAUCCACAAUGUGAAUAUUCUAAUUUGGAAUGGGACGUGCUUAUCUUUAUUAGAUCUCUGAAAAGCAUGCUACGGUCUGCAAAUGCAGUUGCUGUUAUUACCUUUCCACCUUCUCUUCUUUCAGAAUCCUUCUGUAAAAGAUGGCAGCAUAUGGCGGACAUUUUAUUUUCUGUCAAAGCAAUCCCAGAUGAUGACAAAGAACUGGCAAAACUUCUUACUGGAUACCAGGACAUGGUUGGCUUCCUUAACGUACACAAAGUAGCGCGGAUGAAUUCUCAGGUACCUCUGAUUCUCGAGGCAACAACAUUCUCAAUAAAAUUACACAAGCGCAGAUACUUGGUUUUAGAAUGUCUAAAUCAAGCUCCUAUUGAUGGUUCAAGUGGGAGUUCAUAUGGAACCUCCGGCAGUUGUUCCUCGUCCACCAAAACUGGAAGCCUCGAUUUUUAGUAAGACUGCAAUGUUGCGUUCGAGCUUAUCACCUUGUAAAAUUUACACCAAGAGCUGAUCUUGAACACAAGUCUCCAUCUAGAUUCCUACUAUAAUAUCUUCUAGCAUCCGAGUUCUAACUCAUCUUCAACGUCCGGAACAGAAUCAGCCGCCCUGCUGCCAUUUCCAAAUUUAUUGGCGGAUUAUAACAUCGAUUAGUCAGUGAAAGCCGCUAUUCCUUAUGGAGAGGCCGAAGUGUGAAACCAAGCUAUAAGUAUAUGGUUUCGGAAAGUUUUUCUGAAGACGAAUUUUAAGGGGAUUUUUUUUUAUCUAUAUCGAUUUUUUUGUAUCACUAUAUGAUAAAAGACACUCGAUAUUUUAUAUUUAUCCAAUAGGAAUAUAAUAUAUAGUUUGGAAUUUAUUCAAUUCCAUAGAGUGAUGAUGCAAUAAAAUCAGAUUAAAUAAUUUAUUUUUCUUA